AUGAGGCCUGAGAACCACAGCAGCGUGUCCCAGUUCCUCCUCCUAGGGCUCCCCAUCCCGCCAGGGCAGCAGGGCGUGUUCUUCACCCUGUUCCUGGGCAUGUACCUGACCACGGUGCGCAACCUGCUGCUCAUCAUCCUGCUCAUCAGGCUGGACUCUCGCCUGCACACGCCCAUGUACUUCUUCCUCAGCCACUUGGCCUUCACUGAUGUCUGCUUUUCAUCUGUCACUGUCCCUAAGAUGCUCAUGAACAUGCAGACUCAGGAUCAAUCCAUCCCCUACGCAGAGUGUGUAACACAGAUGUAUUUCUUCAUAUUUUUUGGUUGUAUUGAUAACCUUCUCCUUGGAGUGAUGGCAUAUGACAGGUACGUGGCCAUCUGUCACCCUCUCCACUACACCACCAUCAUGGGGAAAAAACUGUGUACCUCACUAGUGGCUGUAUCCUGGUUAUUUUCAUGUAGCAGUGCAAUGUCCCACACUCUCAGCCUGGCCAGGCUGUCCUUCUGUGCUGAUAACACUAUCCCUCAUUUCUUUUGUGAUCUUGCAGCUCUGCUCAAAUUGUCCUGCUCUGACAUCUCCAUCAAUGAGUUGGUCAUCUUCACUGUGGGGGCACUGGGUAUCAUCACACCACUGACUGGCAUCCUGGCCUCUUAUGUCCGCAUUGGGGUCUCCAUCCUGAGGGUCCCCUCUACCAAAGGGAUCUGCAAAGCCUUGUCCACCUGUGGCUCCCACCUCUCCGUGGUGUUUCUAUUCUACGGGCCAAUUGUGGUUCUAUACAUUUUCCCAUCAUCAAACAACUCCAAUGACAAAGAUAUAAUUGCCUCAGUGAUGUACACAGUGGUGACCCCCAUGCUGAACCCCUUCAUCUAUAGCCUGAGGAACAGAGACAUGAAGGGGGCUCUGGGGAAACUUUUCAGGAGGGAGAUCCUUUUCUCCAAGUGA